AUGAAGAGAUCCAACGAAGCUGAGUUAGAUACAGCCAUAAGCAACAUGGCUAAUUGCUUGAUGAUGCUUUCAAGGGGUUCAAAUCCAAUAAGCAACGAGCAAUAUCAUGAAACCAACUCACCUAGCCGAGUCUUUGAGUGCAAGACAUGUAAUCGUCAGUUCCCUUCUUUCCAAGCACUAGGUGGUCAUAGAGCGAGUCACAAGAAGCCUCGACUCAGUACUGAUGGCGAGUUGACACAUGGCACCAACGUGGUUCCUGUUAAGCCCAAAACACAUGAGUGUUCGAUAUGUGGAUUAGAGUUCGCUAUAGGGCAAGCUUUGGGUGGACAUAUGAGAAGGCAUAGAGCAAACACAACCAAUGAGAACAAGUCGUUUCCAUCGUCUGAAUCUCCUACAACAGUCGUGAAAAAAGUUAAUAGUAGAAGGGUUUUUAGUUUGGAUUUGAACUUAACGCCUUUAGAAAAUGAUUUAGAAUUUCGGUUUGGGAAGGGGGUUCCAACUACAAUCCAAUUAUUUUUACGAUAA